AUGCGCGCGCCUCUGUGGAGCGGAGCGGCGCUGGCGGCCUCGGGGUCCUGCGGCCUCGCCUGGCUGCUGGGCCCGCGGCCGCUGGCCGACCGCCUGGCGGCGCUCUCCGAGCAGGACGUGAGGAUAGACAACGUCAGCCCGUACGACGCUGCCGAGAAGUGGGCGCCGGACGGCUCCACAGGAGCCGGGCUCCACCGGCUGAACCCCGCGCGCGUGGAGUACUUCCGCGGCGUGCUCGGGCCCGCCGCGGCAGCGCCGCUGCGGGUGCUGGACAUCGGCUGCGGCGGCGGCCUCGUGUCCAACGCCCUGGCCUCGACGCCCGGCUACGAGGUGCACGGCCUCGACCGCUCCGAGGAGGCGCUGAGCUACGCCCGGGGCGUCGCGGAGCGGCACGGCACGGGGGCCGCCUUCCGCGCGGGCUCCGUCUACGAGCUGCCGUUCGCGGCGGAGUCCUUCGACGCCAUCGUCAUCAGCGACGUGCUGGAGCACCUCCUGGACCUGCCGCGCGCGCUCGCGGAGGCGGCCCGCGUGCUGAGGCCCGGGGGCCGGUUCCUCUUCGACACGAUCGACCGCUCGGUGGCGUCCUACGUCGUCGGCAUCCUGGGGGCGGAGUACCUGGUCGGGAUCGUUCCGAGGGGCACGCACGACUGGCGCCUCUUCAUCCGGCCCGAGGAGCUCCGGCUCGUGCUGGAGCGGGCGGGCUUCGGCGCGCUGACGUACGAGGCGUUCCAGCCCUCGCUGCGUGCGCUCGUCGAGCUCGCCUUGUUCCGGUUUGGGCUGCUGCCUGCCGAGUCCAGCUCGGCGGCGCGCCGCGGGGGGGCAGGGCGGCGGUUUGGCGGUGUUCGAGGGGAGCGUCCUUCUCUGUAG